AUGGCGGCAAACUUUGAGAGAAACACCCCCCUCCAUUCUCGAAGACUUCGGUAUCGCGCUCCCGAAUCGCCAGAAGAUGACACAUUCUUUCUAUCCAUUACCAACGACAUAAACGCCUACAUGAACUCAAACAUCACAAAUGCCACAAUACCAAGCAGCAAAGAUGCCAAAAAGUAUCAGGAAUUCGUGAUGGAAAAAUGUCUCUUGGGUGUAGUAAUUUGCCUACAAUCUACAAACACCGACAACGACAAGAGUACAUCAAACCCCAUCGGUGCCAUCCAUCUCACCAAGCUUCCAGAAAACCAAAGCCAUCAUCGUAGCACCGAGAUCGGAAUUGAGAUAUUGCAAGAGUAUCAGGGGAAAGGGUAUGGAAGUGAAGCCAUUCGAUGGAUCGUGGAUUGGGCUUUUGAGAGGCUUGGGCUGCAUAGAGUGCAAGUUCGGGCGUUUGGGUGGAAUGUGAGAGCGAUUGAGUUGUAUAAGAGGUUGGGUUUUAAGGAGGAAGGGAGGUGGAGAGAGGCUCUGUGGCAUGAAGGAAAAUGGUGGGAUGAUGUGCAAUUGAGUAUUCUUGAGGAUGAGUGGAAGCACGAUGGGCGGCGAUAG